AUGGAGGAACUACGCGUGCGGGGUAACGCUCUCUUUUCCAGCGACCCACGUGCUGCGGCAAAUUUGUACCAGGAGGCCCUUAGCGUGUAUGAGACAUUGAAGGAUAAAUCAGCUGCACUUGAAGAGUACACAAAGUGCGCUGGCAACGCACUGACAUGCCUCUUCAAGGUGCAGGAGUACGACACGUGUCUGACGCUUGCAGAGAAGGUGUUGCAAUGUAACCCAUUAAUUGCCAAAGCGUACGCCGUUAUUGGGAGAUGUCUUUUACUGCGACCGGCCUUUACGUUACCGCUGCAUGGGGACCCAUUGCAGUACUUGUGCCGUGCCGUCCACUUGUCACCGUCCAUGUGUGAAACAAUAGUUCCGUUUAUGGAUGAAGCGCUUGAGCGACUUCUACACGAGUGUGACACGCUGCGUGACGAGGAACCCUGCAUUGAGGUGCAACAAGGGGAAUGUGGAAGGUGUGUCGUGGCGGCCUCCCAUUUGCCUCCCCUGUUGGUUGUGAGCUCCACGUUGCAUCCGUUUUCUGUGUGCUCUUACGAGGAGACGAGGUCUGUGGGUUUGUGUGCACACUGUGGCGUGGUCGUCAUGCCUGAUGAUGGCGAGGAGCCUACCGCCGCGUUGCGGACAUGCCGCCGCUGCCAGUUUGUGUCGUACUGCUCCGACAGGUGUGCCUCCUGCCAUGGCCGCCAGCACGAGGAAUACGAGUGUCGACUGCUUUUUCGGCUGAGGGAGAUGCUGGGGUCGAUGCGGAGUUGUGAAGCGGCGGUGCCGGACGACUUUUUCACUAUGGCGACGCACUGCAUCACGACCGUUAGUGGCGUGAAGGUGCGCAAGGAGGGGCAUGAGGCGGUGCUGCGGCUGGAGAGCCACGAGGUCGAAGUGUCGCAGGGACUCACACCGCUUGUGCGUCUUGUCCAGGAUUUGUUUAGCGGGGAGGAUCCCACAUUCGUCACCCGCAUUCUCGGCGUCGUACGUUGCAACGCGCUUGCGGUCUGCGAUGCAUCCGGUCUUCCUGUCGGCCAGGCGUUGCACGCGGCAAGUGUUACGUCGUACUUCAACCACUCGUGUUUGCCGAACUGCGCGAUCGAGGCAGGUGCGAUUGUGACAACGCGUGCCAUCAGGCCGGGCGAGGAGCUCACCAUAUCAUACCUGCCGCA